UUUGAAUGCAAAACUCUUUAUUGCUUGUUUAAAUUGACAUUUAUACGUUAAUGGCUACUUGCUUUUUAUCAUCAUAUUGGUUAAAGCAACAGUUCAUCAUUGUUGUCUUUCUUUUUACCGUAAUAUCCAGCAUCAGUUAACCGGUGAAUGGAUGUUUCACAUCGAUUUUCAGCUUCGGGGAUUCCAUGUCGGAUACCGGCAACUCAAUUGAGAUUUCAGUUUUGGAAACCGGCAAGCUUCCUCACGGUGCUUUUCCUCCAAAUGGCCGCACCUUCUUCCACCGUCCAACUGGCCGCGCUUGCGAUGGCCGCUUGGUUAUCGAUUUCCUUGGUACAUGUUUUUUCUCUUCUUCUUUUUCUUUGAUUUUCUUUACUUACCAGCUCUUGAAUCUUGUCCAAGUCACCCAAUCGAACCGCUUGGUUAUCGAUUUCCUUGGUACAUGUUUUUUCUCUUCUUCUUCUUCUUCUUUUUUUUUUUUUUUUCUUUACUUACCAGCUCUUGAAUCUUGUCCAAGUCACACAAUCGAAGGUAGGGAGAGUGAGUGCAUGGGGCGAUUUUCGGUAGGGAGUCUGGUCACCGGUCCGUCAUCGGACCACCGUCGGGCUUGGCCUGGCGCGCCGGCCACCAUACACGGUGGCCGGAAAUGUGGAGCAGGUGGUGGAUGUAGCAGACGGCAUGGGGUGUUGCGAUGGGACGUUGUCGGCGCUGAGGGCAAGUGGGGGCUGAUUAGGUGUGAAAAUUUUGUUAGGUUCUCCUUUAGUCUCAAAAUCCGCCAUUGCGAUUGCGAUAUCAAAUGCAUAUUUAUAUAUCCAUUAAUAUAUUUGAUAAUAUUUGUCUAUGGUUUUGCAGCUGAAGCUUUGGGAUUGCCAUUUCUUCCACCAUAUUAUCGAUAUAAAAAUGGAACAUCAGAUAAAUUUGAAAGUGGUGUGAAUUUUGCAGUUGGGGGUGCUGGUGCACUCAAUUCUUCAUUUCCUGGAAUCUAUAAUCCCAACACCAACGUAUCUUUAGUAGAUGAAGUGAAUUCCUUCAUACAGUUUCUUAAUUUACGUACAGAUUUCAAACAGCUCCUACGGAACUCCUUGAUUGUGAUGGGAGAAAUUGGGGGAAAUGAUUACACUCAUGCCUUCAAGCAAGGAAAAAGCAUUGAGGAUGUUCGAAACUUUGUUCUUCCUAUUGUUGAUUCUAUAACUUCAUCAAUCAAUGAGUUGAUCGAGUUAGGUGCAGUGACAUUUCUGGUCCCUGGAAACUUCCCAAUUGGAUGCUUUGCCUCUUAUUUGACACUGUUUCAAGGUUCAGACAAGGAUCAAUAUGAUCCCUUAACUGGUUGUCUAACAUGGUUGAACCAAUUCUCUCAACACCACAAUCAAUUACUUCGAAAAGAACUGGAAAAAAUCCGAAACCUUCAUCCCGACACCAACAUUGUUUAUGCCGAUUAUUACAGCACUACAUUGAGGAUUUACAAUUCUCCAAACAAAUUUGGGUUUAAAGAAACAUUGAAGGCUUGCUGUGGAACUGGAGGUCUUUACAAUUACAAUCUUUCGAGAACUUGUGGUUAUCCGCCAUUAAGACGAUGUUGCAAUGACCCUUCUUCGUAUAUGAGCUGGGAUGGAAUCCAUUAUACAGAAGCAGUCAACAGAUUGAUUGCCAAUGUUGUAUUUGAGGAAUUGAUGAACAGCAUUCAUAGUUUAAAUAACUUGUGUCCUGCAUCAACUAUAAACGAAUUGAGAAUGAUAUAUCCAAAGUCAGAGAUGUAAAUCGUAAGGAGUCUUCGGCUCGUAUUUGGUGUAACUCGACUAAGUAAUAUAGAUGUAUCCAAAUAAACUUAGAAAUAUGUUCGUAAACUAUCCCAGCUUUGAGUGUUCAUUC